GAACAUGACCUCUCCGACGUCGAAGAACCCCCCACCAUCGACCCUUAUGAGGUCCUUGGUCUCGAGCGCGAUGCGACAGCCGACCAGAUCAAGACUGCGUAUCGGAAGUCUGCGUUGAAGAACCAUCCUGACAAAGUUCCAGCCGAACAAAAGGACUCCGCCACCGCCAAAUUCCAACAAAUCGCCCUCGCCUACGCCAUCCUUUCCUCUCCCACCCGCCGCCAACUCUACGACACCACAGGCUCCACCUCCGAAACCCUCGCUUCCGAUGACGGUUUCAACUGGGCCGAAUACUACAAGUCCUGUUUCGCCGAUUCCAUCUCCCCCGAUACCAUCGAAGCCUUUGCCAAGUCGUACAAAAACUCCGACGAGGAACGAGCAGAUGUCCUGGCCGCUUACACCGAUUUCGAGGGUGACAUGGACGGGGUAUACGAGACCGUGAUGCUCUCCGACGUUCUGGAAGAUGAUGAGCGGUUUAGGACUUGGAUUAAUGAAGCGAUAGAGAAGGGGGAGGUGGAGGCUUAUCCGAGUUAUACCAAGGAGACGAAGAAGAAGCGGGCGGCGCGAGUAAAGGCUGCGAGGGGCGAGGCUAAAGAGGCGGAGGAACUUGCCAAGGAGUUGGGAGUUUAUGAUAAGCUUAUGGGUUCCAAAGCUGGAGAUGCGAAGACGGCGACAAAGGGAAAGGCGGGGGCUAAGGGAGGUAAAGGCAAGAAGGACGAUGGUGAAGGUGCCCUGGCUGCGUUGAUCUUGGCGAGACAGCAGAGUAGGGGGGAUAUGUUUGAUAAGCUCGCUGAGAAGUAUGGAGCUAAGCCGAAGGGGAAGGGAAGCAAGAGGAAGGCGGAGGAGCCACCGGAAAUUGAUGAGGCGGAGUUUCAGAGGAUACAAGCUGGGUUGGGCAAG